UGGGCCGAUUAGCAAUUACGCCGGAACUACCCAGUGAGCUUGCAUCAUUCUUUUUUUGGGGAGCUCCUUCGCCUCUCGCAAACCAACCAAACCAACCAACAGCGCCGCAACUACAACAGCAACGUAAAUCUACGCGCAAACGCAACAACAACACCCAGACAGCAACGAGGGAAUAUACACACAAAGCUUGCGAACCGAGUGCCUCGAGCAGAACCAUAAACGCAGAACGCAGAAGCCCGAGAUGUCGGUUGUCAAGGCCCUGAAGGGCGAGUUGCCGCAGCAGGCGAGGUCGCUGUACCGCCAGCUCCUACGACAGGGCAGCAAUUUCGGCGAGUACAACUUCAGAGAGUACGCGCGCAGACGGACACGGGACGCCUUUAGAGAACACAAGGAUGUGGCGGACGAGAGACAGAUACAAGAGCUCCUCCAGAAGGGACUCAAGGAGCUCGCUAUACUGAAGCGCCAGACGGUUGUCAGCCAGUUCUACCAGCUCGACCGGUUAGUAGUGGAGGCGGGCGGUGCAGCGGGCAAGCAAACAGGGAAGUCUGGAGGAGUCGUGAGACAAAAGGACACUGGCUGGGAUUAACAUAAGCAUUUGGUUGCACGAGACAGUCAGUCCGGUUGGCAUAGAAUCCGGGUACAGCGGCGCUGCGCUCAUUGUACUAUACAACAUGACACAACGGAAAUGUACAAUACAACACGAAGGAUAGAGAACUCGCGCCUCAUAUGAAAGGGAUCAAAAGCAGGUUGAUACCCUUUAGUCCUUUGCCGGAAGGACGAUAAUCACGUUAAUACAUAGACAAUUCAGUAAAACUUGGUAGGCACUACCAGCAUUGUCCACUUUGGACGAGUCUCUACCCAACAAGGCACCGUCUUCCUGCCUGUCGUAACAUUAUGUGUAUGCCAUGAUGGGAAAGGGUUGCAUUGAAUCGUGUGGCCAGAGUUUCAUCCUGUUGUAGCAAGCAUAAC